ACUGCAUUACAACGUCAUAGGAGAACAGCGACCAGACGCACGGUUCAUCUCAAUAACCGACAGAGGCAACCAGUGUCGCCUAGACUACAUCUCAACCAAUUUAGUCAGUUGAAGAGUCAAACCAUUUCUCUGUUCUAACAAAGUUCUCUAUGUACUCAUAGAACGUAUUUGUCACGGCACAUUUCACUGUUAUAGUAAAUUGAGAUAGAGAGAAAAAAGUUUUCACUGCGCUGCGGGAGCGUGAGAGAGAGAGAGAGGCGCAACCGAACUUUGGCUGAGAGUGAGGAGAGCGGAGAGAGCGCAUAGAGAGCAUGGCUGCCCUUAUCAGCGUGUACUCGUCGUGGCCGGAGAGCUUUGAGUGCUCAACGGGAGAUGGGGACGUGCCUGACGGACACGGCUCGCACAGGACUCCCGCGGAAAAAGCAUCGGAGCCGCGCAUCAGACGGCCCAUGAAUGCGUUCAUGGUCUGGGCUAAAGAUGAGAGGAAGCGCCUGGCCCUCCAGAAUCCGGACCUGCACAACGCAGAGCUCAGCAAGAUGCUGGGCAAGUCGUGGAAGGCCCUGACCCCUCUUCAGAAGCGCCCGUACGUAGAGGAGGCCGAGAGGCUGCGGGUGCAACACAUGCAGGACUACCCCAACUACAAGUACCGCCCUCGCCGCAAGAAGCAACUGAAGCGCAUCUGUAAGCGCGUGGACCCCGGGUUCCUAUUGAGCAGCCUGGGGGGGCCUGACCAGAAUGCCCUGACUGACCCCCGGGGUAAAGAAGGGGAAGGAGGUAGGUUGUCCUCAUACUCUUCCCCCAGCCCGGUUAGAUCCUUAAGAGAUAUACCGUCCAGCAGCACCUACCCCUACGACCUCCCCACCCCGCCUGAGAUGUCACCUCUGGACACGGCCCUGGACCACGACUACCCCUCCUACUACCCCACCUCCUCUUCAUCCUCUUCAUCCGUCUCCUGCUCCGAGGAGCAUCACCAGCACCAGCGUCAGGGUCAGAACCCCGGAGGUGGAGGUGGUGGUGGAGGUCACAUGGGCCUGAGUCCUCCACCCUACCACCCUGACUACACCCAGACCCAGACAUCCAUCCACUGUGGUGGCUCCCACUCCCACCUGGCCCACCUCUCCCACGUGUCCCAGGCCCAGUCCGGAGGCCUCAUCCCUGGGCAUCCUCUGUCCUACUACAGCCCAUCCUCAUGGUCCUCCCAGCUCCAGCCCCACCAUCACCCCCACUUGGGGCACCUCUCCCCGGGUCACCACAACCAGCACCACCUGGGUCAGCUCUCCCCUCCUCCAGAACGGAACCACGGCCAGAACCACGGUCAUAUGGAGACUCUGGACCAGCUGAGUCAGGUCGAGCUUCUAGGGGAGGUCGACCGUGACGAGUUCGACCAGUACCUGAACUCGACCGCAGCGGGUGCGGCGGCAGCUGGGGUGGGGGUGUUCCACUCCGAACACGGAGGAGGAGGAGCGAUGACGGUGACGGGUCACAUCCAGGUGACUUCUGGGAGCAGCGUUGUCGGGGAAAGCAGCCUGAUCUCUGUGCUAGCGGACGCCACGGCAGCGUACUACAACAACUAUGGCAUUUCUUAGACAGGUUGUGGAGUUACCUGGUCACCAUGCCGACGCCAACGGCUCCCGUCAUCACACCUGGAACUGACCUGGGGCCGUAUGUGUCAAGCAUCUCAGAGUAGGACUGCUGGUCUAGGAUCAGGUCCCUCUGUCCAUGUCAUCUUAUUUAUCGCGAUCUAAAAAGGCAAAAAACUUUGAGACGCUUGAUACCUAUGACCCUAUGGUAAGGCUGAAGAUGGGGUUAGGGUGAGGUGCGACACAAGGACCAAUCACAUAGCAAUAUGAUUGUUUUUUUGGGGGGGCCGAGGAAGGAGACAGGAGGGUGAAAUGAGAAGGUGAAAGAGAAAGAGAGAAAGAGAGAAAGAGAGAAAUAACUUUAAUGGACACCUCAGGGAUGUUCACAUGGAACACCAGUUCAUCACUUUUAUCUGUCUAUCUCCAAAACAGAACACCAACCGGACGGUUGGAGCAGUCGUUGUCCAGUUGUAAAAAUGUCUUAAACGUGUUGCCCAGUAAAGCGUGUUGUACAGAUGCUCUUAUCGCUUAUUGAUGCACUUUGAUGUUUCACCUAAAUGCUUUAUUGUAAUGCUAUUAUAAUGAAUUAUUUCUGUUUGAAUGUUUGUAUUAUUUGUUACCCAACAUUAGUUGGCGUUUUUACCUCAGUAGUUUGUAUUUAAAUGAGGAUUAGAUGUGCAUUUCUUAUGCAAUUCUCCCAGACAACAUGGUUUGCAUCUCAAAUGGUGCUUUAUUCCCUAUAUAGUGCAUUACUUUUCACCAGGAACCACAGGGUUGACCAUUUUGAGACGCAGCCAUGGUGAAGAAAAAUACUUUAUAUACUUCUUCUUUUCAAGUACUUAAUAUAUCAUCGUAAUCUUUACAAUGAAAAUAAUAAUGACUGUAUGCUGAUUUAGGUUUGUGAAUUAAUUUUAAAUAAAGUUCCACUUUUA